UGUUUGAUUCAUGUGCUGUGCGUGGUUGCAGGACGUGUCUAAAGUAGCUGUUUAACCUUAACAGAAGCUUGGAAAUACCGCAAUAAUUAAGGUGUAAAGAUAUUGUAGGUGGACCUUGUGGUCAACCUUUGUAAUCUGUGCAUGCAGUAGACAAUCCAGUCACGUAGCCUGACGGCUGCACUGUAACAAUGCCAGAGUCCUCCCUGGUCAAGGGUGUUCAUGGCAGCACCGUUGAAUGUGGGACACCCCUCUUGAGGCAGUUCAACCAGUCGACGCUGCCUUUGCUCAGAAAUUCCAAUGUGCUCAGUACCUUCUGCACAGAGAACAACAUGCAAGAAUGUCUGUCCCACAUCAAUCAGGAGAUGACCUUGCUAGGCCUCCCACCAGUUUGGACCAUAUCAGGCAGCAGCUCUGAUCUGAAUAUUGUAGCUGUGCUAAACUGCAUGUAUGACCUGAUUCAGCUGCAUCGAAGGGGCCUCAGAACCCUGGAAAACAUGGAAGUGGAGCAGCUGAGGUCCAGCAGCAAUGUGGACUUCCUGCAGCUCACUAACACUAGUUUAAAGGAGCAGCUUGAACAUUCUAAAAGGGAAAACACAGGACUUCUUGAAAGAGAACGACAGCUUCAGCUGAAAGUGAAGAGUUUGCAGAACUCCCUGAAAAAUGAAAAAGAAGAGGUGCAAAAACUUCAGAAUAUAAUUGUGAGCCGCGCCAGUCAGUACAAUCAUGACAUGAAACGGAAGGAAAGAGAAUUUAACAAACUGAAGGAGCGACUGAACCAACUCCUGGCUGACAAAAAGGAGAGAAAACAAGCCAUUGAUGUAUUAAAUAACAUUGGCAGAGCUGAUGGGAAGAGAAGCCUUUGGAGAACGGAAAAAACCGAGGCCAAGCAAGAGGGAGAGAUGUAUAAGAUCCUGCUGAGCGACUACGACGCCAGACAGAGGGAGCUUGUUAUGGAAAAUGCUGAGUUGAGGAAAGUCUUGCAGCAAAUGAAAAGAGACAUGGUGUCCAUUCUGAAUUUAAGAAAAGCUGUGAAAGAUGACCAACAUGAACACUCUGGCACACAGGGUAGCUCAGAGGAGGAAGAAGAAGAGGGGUUUGACUCCAGUAAGGAAGGUGCAGAGCUGUAUUGUAUCCAUGCCCGGGAGAAACUGACCAACAGUAUUCGACUGCAGUGGAGAAGGCUCAAGAGCCACGUUGAAAGGCUAAACAGCCAAGUAUCUUUGCCGCAGAUAGUUGACAGUAUAAAUAGCGACGCUGCUCCACGAGAGACUCAUGAGGAGGAGAUGGAGAGACUAAAGCUGGAGAUCCAGCAGUGUAAAGAUUUCAUUCAAACUCAACAGCAGCUCCUGCAGCAACAGUUGAGCUCUCCGUGCGAUGAGGAGACUGGAUCUUUACUAAAUGACAGCUAUAUGCUACAGGGGAAUGCACGCCUCAGAGAGGAUUGGAAGACGUUUGAGGAGCAGAGGAAGAUCUUUGACAGAGAGAGGAGGAACUUCACUGAAGCAGCUAUUAGACUGAGCCAUGAGAGAAAGGCCUUUGAGGAGGAUCGGGCAACAUGGCUCAAACACCAGUUUUUAACCUUAAGUCCAUUUGGAGAAUCAAAGAAACCCUCGUUGUCAAAGUCUAUAAGUGCCUUUGGAAUAUCUGAAACAGAGGUGAGCCAACAGCUGGGUCCAGAAAAACUCAGCGAAAGCUUUUCCAACUCGGCCCCCCCGACACCUGGUUGCCUCCCACUCAUGUCAUCUCUCAAAGCUGACCAGCAUCACGCACUUUCUUUUAUCCCACAAAGCAGCUCAAUCAAACCAAAGAAGAAGACUGAAAAUGCUGAAGAAUCAAGCAUCCCCUCUGGACAUGUUCCCGUCCAGCAUGAACUGAGGAACAACAGCAGCCACUCAUUCAUACUGCAAAAUAACAGCUCUAUAUAAAGCCAAAUACUGUCAUAAUUUCAAUCAUAAUUGACUAUGGGAUGCUUUACAAGAAUAUCUUUUGAUUUGUGAAUGUCAACCACCUGAAGAUGUUGAAUGUUACCCUAUAAAGAGUGAAAACUUUUUCAGCCGCUGAUUUUCUGCGAAUCGUAUGUUUGGAAUAAAAUUCAUGUAAAUAUUUCUUUUUUAUAGUCAUUAACUUAAUAUUUUACACAUAGCGUAUGUGGUAAACAUAAAUAUUAAUGUUGUAGUGUAUAUCUGUCCUAGAAAUCAUAUUUUAAUCCAAGCAUGGUAUUUAUUUAUUUAUUUUUAUUCAGAAGUGCAACAAGUCAUGCUGAUGAGAAGUUUUGCCACUACCCUUGCUCACUGAUGCUGCAGAUAAUAUUCCCUAAAUGCUGACUUUCAUAUCACAGCUUUUCACAGUAAACUUGCCAGCUGCCAGAGUUUUAGAAUGUAGGAUUAAUGUUGCUGGGAUAAAUGUUGAGUUUGUUUAGACUCAGGGUUUUCCAACCUGAUUUACAGCAUUAUGUCUUUUUGUCAAUGUUGCAGUCUAAAAUGUUGUAAAAUCUAACAAUUUAUGUAAUUUGUAUCAGAAAACGAUACACUGUAGUUGUGUUGGUAUGAAUGUAAAUUAACAAUUUGUUCAGUAA